UGUGUGGACAGACUCAGAGAGGGAGGGAGAGGGAGACUCCCAGUGGUCGGUGGUAGGAGGGUCAUUGAUUCCCUGCCCCUCCGCGCCUGGCUGGUGCGCCUCUGCUGCAGCUGUGCACCACACGCACCAUGACUCUGUGCGCAAGUAGCACGCUCUUGGCGUUCUUCGUCGCUUUUUGCACACCUGGACGCGGAUGGACAGCGGAGAAGCCCCUACGGACACAUAAUGGCAAACCGACUUCCAUAGCUAGGAGCCUGAGGGAGAGCUGGGAGCCUUCUAUCCAUCUCGAUGGAAGACCGGUGGAGCGCUUUGUGGCCGGAUCCAACAAGCCAUUGAGGACUCAUCGCUACACCAGGGUGGGCAAGGAGAGCCGUUCUCCCUUAGUGGAGCAUGUAGAUCCCGAAUGGGUAAAACUUGAUGGCUUUGCUGUGCUGAGCAGCGCACCUGUCAGCAACACAUCAACAGGUCCAAUCAGGUCAACAUAUCCUGCGGCCAGAAAUCAGACUGCUCUGAAACGUGCGGCCAGGGUGAACAGAACAGCUCACCGUCCGAGUGUCUCUGGCCCCAGGACAUACAGAAGGAGGGCCCCUCAGUCAUCCACUGGUCCCCGCCCACCUGAGAGAGGCUUCUUCACAAGAACAACUUCACUGGAGAGGAGAGACCAACACCACGCCAAGCCUCAAUCUGACCAGAGGAACCGUAACUUGCACAAAUUAACAUCUGAGUCCGUUCAUGUGGUGUCACUGCAGGCACAGAAACCCCAGGGCCAGAGUGCUCCUGCUAACCGUGCGGCAACCAAAAUGACCACCCCAGAACCACCUGAAUAUGAGGCUAAGGACAUCAGUGUCAGGGUCAUGUCUCCUAAGUCAGUACUCAUCACCUGGGUUGACCCCGCUGUGGAAAUGGGGAAGAUCGAGUCUAGUGAAUUCAGAUCCUACAAAGUAAGGUACAGGGAGAAGGGUGAGUCGGCACGCUGGGAGUACAAAGAGAGCUCCCAGAGGAGAAUGAUGGUAGACACCCUGUCUGCUGAUAGCAUGUAUGAGUUCGCCGUCAGAAUCACUCAAGGAGAAAAUGAUGGCAAGUGGAGCGUAUCUGUCUUUCAGAGGACCCCUGAAUCAGCACCAUCUGGGCCACCGGAGAACUUUGAAGUCAAACCUCUACGGGGGAAAGGGACUGCUGUCACAGCCACUUGGGAUCCUCCUGAAGAAACCAAUGGGAGGAUACGAGAGUACAUCCUGUCUUAUGCUCCUGCACUGAAGCCAUUUGGAAUGAAAAGUGUGACAUACCGAGGCAGCACAACCUCAGCUACUAUAGACGGUCUAACACCUGGAGAUCGGUACAUCUUCAAGAUCAAAGCCACCAACAGGAGGGGACAGGGACCGCUAAGCAAGGCGUUCAGUGUUGUCAUGCCAGGAUCCAGCAGUGCUGUUUCAUCAUUCUCAAGAAACAAGGACAGCCAGAGGACGAGCUACAAGCCUUCCAAAGAUGAUACUACCCAUAACAAAUCAGAGGUCAAGUCAACGGAGGCACCAGAAGAACCAACCAGACCCACUCAGCCUCGCAACUCUGCACCUGUCAGUAGAAGAGUUCGCCCACUUUCUCAGACACGCUCCUAUCACAGCAUCUUCUCCUCGGUAAGAGGCUCAGUCAGGAAUGGUGCAAACAGAGGCAGAACCUCAGCUAGAGAAGAUGAAAAUGAUGAUGAUGAUGAUGAUGAGAGAAUUCCAACAACCGCCUCUCCAGAAGAAAAUGCAACAACCAUGGAGUCUGCACUUGAGACAAAAAAACCUUAUAAUGAUGUUUCCCCUGAAUCUGAGGAUAAUAUUUAUAGUGAAGGGGAUGAGCCUCCAACUCCUGAGACCCCCAGCCUCAAAGUUUUUACACUCUCCCCAACUAAGCCCACGUCUGUUUUCACACAGCAAAGAAAGCCCAUAAAGCUUAGGGUCCAUCAAAAAGGAGGUGCCCAGACUUCCUCCUCAUCAGCCACCUCUUCAUCAUUGUCAGUGUUUCCUCCAAAAUCAUCCUCUUCACCUUCUACCACAGCGUUGCGUAUUACACAGUUAGAUGACAAAAGAAAGGAUACAGCCUCUACAUACCUACAGAGCAAAGACAAGUCCCAUAAACCCAGUAUAGUAUAUAAAAAACCUAACAACCCACAGCCUCAGAGAGAGAGCACAGCUGCGGGCAAGGGAUCUGCAUCAUCUGGGCGGACCAGUGUAUCUGGCUUUGGUGCAAGAUACGGUUAUGGCCGAAGGAACCUAGGAAUGCAUUUUAGGGGAAAUUCAACCAGAACGCUGAAUGGUUACAGACAGGGCAUAACUUCACAGGCACGUUUGCCAAGCAGAACUCAGAGUCACACCACAUCGCAGUCCAAUUUACCAGACCAGCAAACAGCAAAUGCCUUCAAUGAAGCGACAGUUGAUUCCACUUUGGUAGGAAAGAUCAAUGACAAAACAAUAUCUGAACCAUCUACUUCUGAGAAAACACAAAUCAUGUCAUCCUCCACAUCAACUAGUGCUGUAGCUUCAGAUACAAACACCAGAAACAAGUAUCCUUCCAUGUCAGAAAGCAGCUCGCGACAACCACUGUCAACUUCAAACAGAUCACUAAGCUCUUCACAGAACACAGAAAAGUCAAAUACAUCUCCGGAACGUGCCACAGCAAAUGGGGGAGUACAUCACCAAAUCAAUUUCAAAAACACAGAAACAACCAAAAUUGAAGAACCUACUUCAAGCUACAAAGAAGAUCCCUCAGAAGAAGAGAAAAAGGAAAAGGAGGAGAGUGUUUCUGACAAAACAACUUAUUCUCGCUCCCAAAUUAGUCCUUCCCAUGUGGAAAGAUUUAAGUUCCCAAGCAGGUCUGGGUCAGGAACACGGCUGUCAUUCCCCAGACAUGGUGGCAGGACUCCUUGGAGCAGAGUCUCAUCCUCGAUAGGGGCAGGCAAACCCAUUUUGCGAGGAAUAGCCACGAGCAAUUCAGUAGCCACAGGUUCUGCAGGAGGGUCCUCAAUACAGGAAACUAGUGAAGGUCAAACUGCUACUUCCUCUCGUGACUCACUAAAAAAUUAUGAGAUGGGGGUGAGUUCUUUAAAACCAUUAGUGACUGAUAGAAAUGCAGACAAUAGUGACUUAAGACAUCCAACUCCACCGUCUCCUUCAUCCUCUUCAAACUAUGACUCUCGUGAUUCUAUGAAUACAAAAUUAAGUAAGCCCAUCCCCAUAGAGACAUCUAAUGACAAUGAAAAUAAGAAUUAUGCUAAGGUCUACCUAGAUAUGACUACCAGAGAAAACAGUGGGAUCAAUAAACAUGUUGCAGAACCCACAGUGGACCAAAACAAUCUUGCCGUAACACCAACUGAACCCUACAGGAACACAGAAGACAAUGAGAGUGUAGCUACAAGAGACAUCCCAUCGAGGACUAGGUCCAAGUCCGGGGUCCCUCCAUCUUACCGCCGUCCUACUAUUGGCAUGAAUGGGAGGAUACGCUCUCCUCAUCUUGCAACCAGACAGUUUGGUGGAUAUAGGCUUCCCACCAGAGCACAAUCAUCACACAACUCUAGAAUGGGUUCUUCAACAACAUCUGAUUCAUCUUCAACAUCUGCCCACUCCUCUUCAUCAAAUGUACUCAGACCGGCGUUAACAUCAGAUCGCAAUGCUAGCAGAAUCUCUACUCCAACAAGAACAGGGGGACUCACAGAGGGUAGAACACAUUCUAUAUCUUUGUCACCAUCUUCAUCUAGAGACAACUUUAGAGCCCAGGGGGGCAGAAGUCGCUAUCCUGUCCUCAGAGGGAAAACGCCCAAUGGAGGAGCUCUUAUACCUGCCAAUGGAAAUGGUCAACAUGGACAACCAAAUCUGACAGCAAAGGAUAAAGAGUCCUCGGCGACUCAUGGACUAAAUAAAGCCGUUGGUCAAAGGCUUAUUACUGGACCUGACGGAAACAAAUGGUUGGUAGAUUUGGAGUUGGGGAUUCUUAUGAACCAGGAUGGACAAGUCCUCCAGGAUUCCCAGGGCCAACCAAAAAGAGUUGUGCUUGGCGAGGAUGGACGCACCAUUUUCGACCAUUUGGGAAGCCCCCUGCUGAACCAGGAAGGCAUGGCUUUGUUUGGUCACAGCCGAGAUAGUCGGCCAGUAGUCAACCCGAAAGAGAAGAUCCUUAUGGUCGGAGGAAAACCGCUGCUUGGCUUGGACUUGCCUCACCUCAGGACCACCACUACAACCACCACUAGAGCUCCCACCACUACCCCAGAACCCACCACCACAGAAUGGACUACAGAAGAGUCUACCACUGAACAACCAUAUCCUACAUGUCCACCAGGAACCUUCUCUAAAAUAGAUGAAUAUGGGGAUCCAAUGCUUGACACAGAUGGAAUAUUAGACUGUUACUCAGAAGAUGAGUUCUUGCUCCAGACUACCUUGCCACCACCGACCACAACGACACCGCCGACAACUACAACCACAACCACCACAACCACCACCACCACCACCACCACCACCACCAUAGAGGUGCCAACUCCAGACACCAGACCAUCUGGCCGAGGUCCUUUAUCAGAGUUUGACGACAGUGGGAAGAGGCGAUUCACAGCUCCGUAUGUAAACUACAUCCAAAAGGACCCAGGGGCUCCGUGCUCCCUGACAGAGGCUCUGGAGUAUCUCCAAGUUGACGUCCUCGAAGAUCUGAUCAAGAACGACAGUCGCGUCGCCAAUCAGAAGCAGCCUCCGAAAAAUAAACCCCAUAAUCUCACCGUGGUCGCCAUGGAGGGAUGCCACUCGUUUAUCAUCUUGGACUGGGGCCGUCCAUUGAAGGAUGAUAUGGUUUCAGGGUACAUGGUGCACAGUGCUUCAUAUGACGACGUACUCAACAAUAGAUGGUCCUCUAAGAUAUCCAGUGGGACUCAUCUGGCUGUGGAGAAUCUCAAACCCAACUCCAGGUACUACUUCAAAGUCCAGGCCAAAAAUGUGUUUGGGUUGGGACCAGUCAGCGAUACGCUCAUCUAUGUCACCGAAUCAGAUGAUCCUCUUCUCAUCGAAAGACCGCCUGGCGGGGAGCCGAUUUGGAUCCCCUUCACCUUCCGAUACAACUCGGCUCACAGCUCCUGUAAAGGUGGUCAGUACGUCAAGCGGACGUGGUACAGGAAGUUUGUGGGCGUGGUUUUGUGCAACUCUCUGCGAUACAAGAUCUUCAUGGGAGACGGUCUUAGAGAGCCCUUCUAUAGUAUAGGAGACACAGUGGGACAAGGAGAGGAUCAUUGUCAGUUUGUGGACUCCCACAGGGACGGCAGGACUGGCCCCACGUAUCUCUCUAUUACACUGCCUUCAGCUCAAGGAUAUUAUCGUGCCUACAGACAGGAGCCCGUCACAUUUGGAGUGAUUGGCAGACGAACAUCCCAUCCUUUUGUGGGCUGGUAUGAAUGCGGGGUGCCCAUCCCUGGCAAGUGGUAACACAUGGGAGGAGGAGGGGGGUAGGCGGCACUGUUACCGAGGGCAACCGACCAGUAGGCCCGCCAACUGAAACAAAACAAGAGACUUUUGCUUGUCGCAUCUAAAAGACACCACUUUAAUCACAUGAAGUGAACAUAAUGCUUUUAUGCAAGCCAGUGUAUCGAUGCCGUGUACUUUUUCUUUUUUAUAUAUACAUAAAGCAGUCUGUAUAUGAGGGAAAAAAAGGCAUGUGUCUUUUUGCUUUGUAAAAUUCUUGUCAGCCAAGUACCCAAGCAACAGGUCCAGAUGCAAUGUUAUUUAUCUCAUCAAAAGCACAUUCAUAAUAAUAGGCAGUGAACUUGUGGAUAAGUCUGUUGAUUUUCAGUUUGAAAAUUUAAAUAUCAUUUAUUAGCUUGUGACAGCUACUUUUUCUGUUUAUUGUUCAUCCCAUCACAAUUCAGUAAAAUGUAUGUUUUUAAAUGUAUGCAGAUGAAGAAUAAAGACCGCAUA